CUCCUGAAGCGGUGGCGGUGUCCGCUGGUCGCUGGGGCGGUGAUGGAGGAUCCUGUUCAAGAUGGGGUGGCUGCGGCACCCUCCGGGACCGGGAAAUCCAAGCUGGAGACGUUGCCUAGAGAAGAUCUCAUCAAGUUUGCCAAGAAGCAAAUGAUGCUGCUACAGAAAGCUAAAGCAAGGUGUACAGAAUUAGACAAAGAAAUUGAAGAACUCAAAUCAAAACCUGUUGAUGGAGGAACUGAUGAUAUUAUUAAGGUACUUACUGAGCGCCUGGACACUCUUCUUCUGGACAAAGCAGAGACUGAACAACAGUGUCUGUGUCUGAAAAAGGAAAAUAUUAAAAUGAAGCAAGAGGUUGAGGAUUCUGUAACAAAACUGGAGGAUACACACAAAGAGUUUGAACAGUCACAGAGAAACUAUGUAAAUGAAAUUGAAAGCUUGAAAAAUGAAUUGAUGGCAGUGCAGUCAGAGCACAGUAAAGAAAAAGCCAGCUUACAACAAGAACUGGAAGAAGCUGCAAAUAAACAAUUGGAGCUUUUAGAACAGCUUAAAUCUCAAAGUGACUCCGAAGAUAGAGUUAAACAACUACAAGAAGAGAUUCAUAACAUUACUGCAAGAUUUGAGGAACAAGUUUUAUGUCUACAAAAGCAGUUAGAAGCUACCAAUGAUGAAAAAAAGCAAGAGAUUAUUCAUCUCCAAAAAGUCAUUGAGGAGAACACUCGGCAAUACCAAAAAGAUAUUGAUACUUUUCAAGAAGAGAUUUUGCAGCUGAGAGCUGCACACAAAGAAGAAGUCAAUGAGCUGAUGUCUCAAAUGGAAAUAUUGGCUAAAGAACAUGAAGCAGAAAUAAAUAAGCUAAAAGACAACAGAGUGCAACAGUGUGAGGGAAGUGAGAACAAUCAGGAGAAAUACCAUUGUGAAUUGGAAAACUUAAAUGAAGGCACCUCAGAUUCAAAACAGGAGAACCAACAUCACUCUUUGCCCUUACAAGAAGAUACUUUUGCAGAACAAACAGUAAAUGAUAAAGUCAGACAGUUGGAAGACUCUUUAAAAGAACUGGAAUCUCAACAUAGUAUCUUAAAAGAUGAGGUGACUUACAUGAAUAAUCUAAAGUUAAAACUUGAAAUGGAGGCCCAACAUAUAAAAGAUGAGUUUUUCCAUGAACGAGAAGACUUGGAGUUUAAAAUUAAUGAACUGCUGCUGGCUAAAGAAGAACAGGGCUAUAUAGUAGAAAAAUUAAAAUAUGAACAAGAGGAUUUAAAUAGACAGCUUUGCUGUGCUGUGGAACAGCAUAACAAAGAAAUACAGCAUCUUCGGGAAGUCCAUCAGAAAGAAAUCUCUGAGCUUAGUGAGACGUUCAUGUCAGGUUCAGAAAAAGAAAAAUUAGCAUUAAUGUUUGAAAUACAGGGUCUUAAGGAACAGUGUGAAAAUCUACAUCAUGAAAAGCAAGAAGCAAUCCUAAAUUAUGAGAGUUUACGAGAGAUGAUGGAAAUUUUACAAACAGAACUAGGAGAAUCUGCAGGAAAAAUAAGUCAAGAGUUUGAAACAAUGAAGCAACAGCAAGCGUCUGAUGUUCAUGAGCUUCAGCAGAAGCUGAGAACUGCUUUUAAUGAAAAAGAUGCUCUUCUUGAAACUGUGAAUUGCCUCCAACGAGAAAAUAAAAAGUUACUAUCUCAUCAAGAGUUAGUACCUGAACUUGAAAGUACCAUAAAGAGCCUUAAGGCAGACAAUAGCAUGUACUUAGCCAGUCUUGGUCAGAAAGAUACUGUGUUACAAGAAUUAGAAGCAAAGAUAAGUUCUCUUGCUGAAGAAAAAGAUGAAUUUGUAAGUAAGAUGAAAACUUGCCAUGCCGAGAUAGAUAAUCUCCAUCAGAAAUGGGAAAGGGAACAGAGAUUGACCAUUGAACUCAGGGAAGCGGCAGAGCAAACCACCCAGCACAACAGUGAGCUGAGACAAAGAGUAGAUGAAUUAACAGGGAAACUAGAUGAAAUAUUAAGAGAAAGGAGUCAAAAUGACCAAAGCAUUAUGGUUCAAAUAAAAACUAUGACUGAAGACCAAGAAGCAUUGUCAUCUAAAAUCCAGUCUCUUUAUGAGGAGAACGAUAAACUACUGACUGAAAAGGUCCAGUUGAGUAGGGAUUUGGAAACUCUUCAAUCUCAAAAAGAUUUUGCCCAUAAAGAACAUGUGACUGAAUUAGAAGAAAAACUCCAGUUAAUGGUUGAAGAGCGAGAUAACUUAAAUAAAGUGUUUGAAAAUGAGCAAGUUCAGAAGUCAUUUGUCAAAACUCAGUUAUAUGGCUAUCUUAAACAAAUGGGGCCAAACAUUUUAGAAGAAAACGAAGAGGAAGAUGUUGUAAAAGUUCUUCAAGCUGUAGGUGAAUCCUUAGCAAAAAUAAAGGAAGAAAAACAUAACUUGGUCUUUGAAUACGACGAGCGAGUAUUAGAAUUAGAAAGAAAGAUUAAGUGCCUUCAAGAAGAAAGUGUAGCUCAACAUGAAGAGCUUACAGCUUUACUUAAAGACUCUGAGCAGGAGAAAAUUCUCUUAAGGAAAGAAUUAGAAGAAACCACGUCAUCAAAAGAGACCUUGCAACUUGAUCUUCUAGAAAUGAAGAAUGCUAAUGAAAAAACAAGCCUUGAAAAUCAGACUCUCUUAGCUCAAGUUGAAGAAUUAUUUCAGACAUUACACAGCCAAAAUGAAGUCCGUAAUGAAAAGCUUCUUGUAAUAGAACAUGAAAACCUGAAGCUAUUGCUUGAACAAAGAGAAUCUGAACUACAAGACCUGAGAGCAGAAUUGAUACAGCUAAAGGAUUCCUUAGAGAAAUCGCCUUCUGUAAAAAAUGAUCAACUCUCAUUGGUAAAAGAACUGGAAGAAAAAAUAGGAAGUCUGGAAAAAGAAUCCAAAGACAAGGAUGAGAAAAUAAGUAAGAUAAAACUAGUUGCUGUAAAAGCAAAGAAAGAACUAGACUCUAACAAGAAAGAGGCCCAGACACUGAGGGAAGAACUUGAAUCUGUCCGGUCAGAAAAGGACCGCCUGUCUGCUUCUAUGAAGGAGUUCAUCCAAGGAGCAGAAAACUAUAAGAACCUUUUGUUAGAAUAUGAUAAGCAGUCAGAACAGCUGGAUGUGGAAAAAGAACGUGCUAAUAAUUUUGAACAUCACAUAGAAGACCUUACCAAACAAUUAAGAAAUUCAACUUGUCAGUGUGAAAAGCUAAAUUCAGACAACGAGGAUCUCCUGGCUCGUAUUGAGACACUGCAGUCUAAUGCCAAGUUGUUAGAAGCACAGAUUUUAGAAGUCCAGAAAGCCAAAGGAAUAGUAGAUAAAGAACUGGAAGCUGAAAAACUUCAGAAAGAGCAGAAGAUAAAGGAACAUGUCAGUACUGUAAAUGAGCUUGAAGGACUCCAACUUCAAUUUGAAAAGGAAAAGAAGCAGCUUCAGAAAACCAUGCAAGAACUAGAGCUGGUUAAAAAGGAUGCCCAACAAACCACAUUGAUGAAUAUGGAAAUAGCAGAUUACGAACGUUUGAUGAAAGAAUUAAAUCAGAAGUUAACAAAUAAAAACAGUAAGAUAGAAGAUUUGGAGCAAGAAAUAAAAAUUCAAAAACAGAAGCAAGAAAACCUACAAGAAGAAAUGACUUCCCUGCAGACUUCAGUACAGCACUCUGAAGAAAAAAACACCAAAAUCAAACAGCUCCUUGUGAAAACCAAAAAGGAACUGGCAGAUUCAAAGCAAGCAGAAGCUGAUCACUUACUACUCCAAGCAUCUUUAAAGGGUGAGCUGGAAGCAAGCCAACAGCAAGUAGAAGUCUAUAAAAUUCAACUGGCUGAGAUAACAUCUGAGAAACACAAAAUCCAUGAGCACCUGAAGACUUCUGCAGAGCAGCACCAGCGCACACUGAGCGCAUACCAGCAGAGGGUGGCGGCACUUCAGGAAGAGAGUCGUACUGCCAAGGCAGAACAAGCUGCUGUCACCUCUGAAUUUGAGAGCUACAAAGUCCGAGUUCAUAACGUUCUAAAACAGCAGAAAAAUAAAUCUGUGUCUCAGGCGGAAACUGAGGGAGCUAAACAAGAAAGGGAACACCUGGAAAUGCUGAUUGACCAACUGAAAAUCAAGUUACAGGAUAGCCAAAAUAGUUUACAAAUCAAUGUAUCAGAACUCCAGACACUGCAGUCUGAGCAUGACACUCUGUUGGAGAGGCACAACCGGAUGCUGCAGGAGACUGUGACCAAAGAGGCAGAACUUCGGGAAAAGUUGUGUUCAGUUCAAUCCGAGAACACUGUGAUGAAGUCUGAACACGCCCAGACAGUGUGCCAACUGACAGCCCAGAAUGAAGCACUCCGUAACAGCUUCCGAGACCAAGUCCGACAUUUGCAGGACGAGCACAGAAAGACCGUGGAGACCCUGCAGCACCAGCUCUCCAAAGUGGAAGCUCAGCUCUUCCAGCUCAAGAGUGAGCCAUCCACAAGAAGCCCUGCUUCUUCCCACCAACCUUUGAAAAACCCUCGAGAAAGAAGAAACACAGACCUCCCGCUUCUGGACAUGCACACUGUGGCCCGAGAGGAGGGAGAAGGAAUGGAGACAACUGACAGCGAGUCUGUGUCUUCGGCUGGCACACACAUUCCAUCUUUAGAACAGCUGCUUAGUUCUCCUGACACCAAGCUUGAACAGCAUCUUGCAGAACCCUCUUUAUGGCAUGCUGAAUUUACCAAAGAAGAAUUGGCUGAGAAGCUCAGCUCCACCACAAAGAGUGCAGAUCACCUAAAUGGACUGCUUCGGGAGACAGAGGCCACCAACGCCAUCCUAAUGGAGCAAAUCAAGCUUCUCAAAAGUGAAAUAAGAAGACUGGAAAGAAAUCAGGAGCGAGAGAAGUCUGUAGCUAACCUGGAGUACUUGAAGAAUGUCUUGCUGCGGUUCAUUUUCCUGAAGCCCGGUAGUGAAAGAGAGAGGCUUCUUCCUGUUAUAGACACAAUGCUGCAGCUGAGCCCUGAAGAAAAGGGAAAGCUUGCCACGGUGGCUCAAGGUGAGGAAGAAAGUGCUUCCCGUUCUUCUGGAUGGGCAUCCUAUCUGCAUAGUUGGUCUGGACUUCGAUAGGUUGAUGGAAACUCAACAGAAUUCAUUUUGGGGAAAAAAUGGCUAUCAUUAUUUGAUCAGGAAGUAUUCAUACCUGUUAACAUCCUCUAAUGAUUGUAUAUAUGUAAAACAGAUGUAUUUAGAAUCUCAACUUUUAGAAAAAGGACAACAACUUGAAGAAAUGGUACCAGUCAUUCACAGCCCUCUAACUCAGCACCGUGGCCUCAGUCUCUGUGAUCUCCCAUGCACAGAGAAAAUUGUUCAUUCCUGCACUCUGGAACCCUGGGAGCCACUCAUUUCUAAGUAGUACUGUGAAUUUUAAAAUUGAACUGAAUUUUGGUACCAUAUCAACUGGGGAACUGAAGCUUUUAAAAUAAUGUUUCAAGAUUAAGGAAAUGCUUUCUGGGUAAGGUUGACAUGUUUGUUAAGGGAUUAUGAAGUAAAUAUGCUACAGUUAAUUAUGAGGCUAAGUUAAAUUGCAAUUUAGUCAAUUGCUUUACAAUAACCCCCGCCCCCCAUUUGUUAUUUCAAAACUUACCCUGGUACUGGCAAUGUGACCCUGACAUUGAGUAGAUGGGCCCCCCCUCUCAGCUGAUGUGUUUCCAUGGUGUCUCCAGGCUCUUAGUGUGCUAUGCUGCCAUUACUCCCAAGCCAUGAGCCUAUUUUGAGAAUUCCCUGCAUCUCAGAACAGUGACUGUCUUAACUCAGCAUUAAAUCUACACAUGACCCUGGUGCUCCCAGUGUUGUUCAGGUAGGCUUGUUCCCUAAGCAUGACCCCCAGGGGGCUCAGGCUCACUGGUGAUGAAUAAGCCUAGCUGGGGGAGUGUUACUUGCCUUUAUGUCUAUUGAUUAGAUUAAAAUUGUGCUCUUAAAUCAAAUUUGGGUAUUAUAUUUUAAUAUAUAAUUGUUAGUAAAUAACCACAUAGUGCUCUCUGGAGUUACGAAGCUUACGGUUUCUUCUUUGAUUUUCAGUCUCAGCUAGAAACCUGACUCUGUACUCAGUCACUGUGAAUAUUGCUUUCCAACCUGGUUGAGCUGAAAUUUGCUGCUGACACGUUGAGUUUGUUCUCUAAAAGCUAUUUUCUCUCAGUGUUCGCUCCUCCUGUGUUAGGACAGACCUAACUAGUGAAUGUAUUGAUUAAAUGCAUCUAUCUCACAGCUGACUUUACAAGUUGAGUUUUUUUUAACUUCAUAAACUGUGAAUAUGAGUAUGCCAAGUGGCAUUUGAUGUAAUUUUAGUAAUAUUUAAAUAAAUUCCACUUUUUCUUUGGGCCUACUAUACCUUUUGAAGUCUGUAUAAACUUGUUUUGAAAUCUAGUCUGUUCAUAUGAAUAUAAUAAAAAUGCCUUUUGCAUGGUAAAAAUUACUUUGAUUACAAAAGACAUACAUGCUUUUUUGUGACCAGCAAUAAGGAACUAUAAUGAUUGAUAUUUCUAUUAAAUGCAUUUAACUGUA